AUGUGCCAUACAGGUUGUGGUGGAGUAAAAAGUUGUUUUGAAUCAAACCUUGAACCUAAUCUAAUGAAAUGGUUGAGGGUAUUGUUUGGACAAGUAGCAAAACCCAUCGAUUUUGGUAAUAAUCUUGCAGUUCAAGACCAAUUUGUCAAAAAUAAUGUCGUGAAUCAAAUGGGAAACGUUAGUAAAAUCGAUUUUGUUAAAUAUGCUAAACAAACAAUACAGGUUCAUGGAUUUGUUUUUGAUUUAAAAAAUGGCUCAUUAUUAAAGGUUACAGCAAAUAAAACAUGGCUUUUUACUAAGUCUUUUCUUUAA